GCCGCUAGCGCAGUUAGCGGCGGCGGGCGAUGGCGGAGCGCAGCGGCUCCCGCGGCCUCCCCGGCCCGGCCCCGCCGCCCUCGGCCUCUCCGCAGCCUCCUCCGGUUCCUCCGGGAGCCGGGCCCUCCCCACCCCAUGGAGCCACUACGGUUCCUUCCGGUACCGGUACAACAUCCCCAGGUCCGAGCGGGCCCGGUGGACCCGGCCGACCGGUACAGAUGAACCUAUACGCUACCUGGGAGGUGGACCGGAGCUCGCCUAGCUGCGUGCCCAGGCUGUUCAGCCUGACGUUGCAGCGCCUGGUGCUGAUGCGGGAGAUGACGAAAGCGCUGGGCUCUGUCGUCAUCGCGGUGAAAUUGCAGGGCUCCAAGCGGAUCCUUCGAUCCAACGAGAUCCCACUGCCGGCCGGUGCCUCCCCCGAGACCGAGCUCCAGCUCACCUUCUCCCUGCAGUACCCCCAUUUUUUGAAGCGCGACGCCAACCGGCUCCAGGUGAUGCUGCAGCGACGCAAACGCUACAAGAACCGAACGUUCCUGGGUUACAAAACCUUGGCCGUGGGGCUCAUCAACAUGGCCGAGGUGCUGCAGCACCCUAGCGAGGGGGGGCUGGCGCUGGUGCUGCACCGGGCAGUGAAGGACACGGCGGUGCCGGUGGCCGAGAUCCGGGUGAACUCGCUCUCCAGCCAACCCAUCGACCACGAGGCCAAGGGCAAGCUCUCGGAUCGCUCCCCUGACAUCGACAACUACUCGGAGGAAGAGGAGGAGAGCUUCUCCUCCGAGCAGGAGGGCAGCGACGACGCCCUGCACGGCCAGGACCUCUUCUACGAGGAAGAGGAGCUGCCCAAGGUGAAGAAGACGCGGAGGAAGCCGAUGGCCUCCACCCGGCAGCCCAAUAUCAAGCAGAAGUUCGUGGCCCUGCUCAAGAGGUUCAAGGUGUCGGAGGAGGUGGGCUUUGGGCUGGAGCACGUGUCCCACGCCCGCAUGCGGGAGGUGGCCGAGGACCUGGACGAGCUCUACGACACCCUGGAGAUCUUCAACCCCAGCGACAGCGGCGCCGACCUGGACGACACCGACAGCGUCCUCAGCACCCCGAAACCCCGCCUGCGCCCCUUUUUCGAGGGUCUCUCGCAGUCGAGCUCCCAGACGGAGAUGGGCAGCCCGGGGCGCGAGGGGGCCCCCCCGGCCGAGGCCAAGGGCGGCCGCAGACCCCCCGAAGAUGGGGGGCAGGACCCCGAGGGGCUGGACACCCGGGGGGACCCCGAGCCCCUGCCUGAGCCCGGGGGGGUCCCCGAAAAGCUGAAGACCCCCCUGAAGGGCAGCAAGGGGGGGGAGGUGGCGUCACCCAGGGCGGACGGGGGGGCCCCCCCCGGGCGGGGCCGUCGGGGCACCCCCCUACGCGAGCGGCAGCUCUGCCGCCCCCCCGGCGAGAGGAACAACAGCUCCGACAGCGAGCGCUCCCCAGACCUGCCCCACGGCACGCAGGUGCCCCGGCGGGCGGUGUGGGAGCAGCUGGGCCAGGCGCUGGGUCCCGAGACGGGGCUGCCCGAGAGCGUCCUGCUGGUCGGCACCGGGGACUGGCAGGGGCAGUGGGUGGGGGAGCUGCUGCAGGCGCAGGGGCAGGCGCUGGUGGGCACCGCGGGGGGGGAGCUGCAGGCCGUGCUCUCCGCCGUCCUCACCCGCAUCCAGCGAUUCUGCAACUGCUCGGCGCUGCCCCCCCGGGCGCUGAAGCUGGUGGCCGUGGGUGCUGCCGGGUUCCACAGCACCCUCCUGCGCUGCUUCGUCCGGCACCUGGGUGCCAAGAGUCCCGAGUGGCUGGGCUACCUGCGCUUCCUCCUCGUGCCCCUCGGCCCCCACCCCGUGGCGCAGUACCUGGGCUCGGUGGACGGGCGCUACGCCGCCGCCUUCCUGGACCCCCCCUGGCGGGAGCUGUUUGGGCGCAGCGAGCCCCCACCCACGGAGCCUUUCAACGUGGUGGGCCGGAUCCUGGCGUACGUGGCGGGUGCUGGGGCCACCCACCCGCUGCCGGUGGCCGAGGCCAUGCUGACCUGCAAGCACAAGUUCCCGGACGAGGACUCGUACCAGAAGUUUGUGCCCUUCGUGGGGGUGAGCCUGGCGCGGGUGGCACCGGGUGACACCGGGUGACACUGGGGGGUGACACUGGGGGGUGACACUGGGGGGUGACACUGGGUGACAUGGGGUGACAGGGUGGCACUGGGUGACACUGGGUGACACUGAAGGGUGACACAGGGUGGCACCGGGUGACAGGGGGUGACACUGAGGGGUGACAUGGGUGACACUGGGUGACACUACUGGGUGACACUGAGGGGUGACACUGGGUGACAUGGGGUGACAGGGAGGCACUGGGUGACACUGGGUGACACUGAGGGGUGACACAGGGUGGCACCGGGUGACAGGGGGUGACACUGAGGGGUGACACGGGUGACACAAGGUGACACCACUGGGUGACACUGGGUGACAC